AUGGAAGACGUCGACUUCAACGAUUUGAAAGAGCAAGAGCGACAACUUAAACGGACCAUCCACGGUGUAGCGAGGUUCGUUGAAGGCUUUUCGAUGGAACGACACGAAAACCAGAUCGACGUUCGAAGACCUCGAAUUUCAAAAGAAACCGAAGGCCAGCGGGAGAAACGAGUGAGAGCCAAAAUCGCCAAGCGUGAAGCAGAGUUUGAUGAGGCAGCGUCCCAGAUUGAGGAGGUCUACUGCGCAGCGAAAUCUUCCCUGAUAACCUUCAAGCAACAAAAGUCAGUCGAAGAGUCAGUUUCAUCCACAAGUUCGGUGAUGUCACGCGUGAAGCUUCCAGAAAUUCAGCUGCCGAAUUUCAGUGGAAAAAUUCGAGACUGGGUCACCUUCCGCGACAUGUUCCAGAGUCUCAUACACAACAACGGUCAGCUUUCCCCAAUCGACAAAUUUAGCUACUUGAGGUCAUCGGUGACGGACGAAGCGCUCCAAGAAAUCGGCUCAAUAGAAAUCACUGCGGCAAACUACCAAGUGGCAUGGAGUUUACUAGAAAAGCGGUAUGAGGACAAAAAGCUUAUUGUUAAGGCUCAUCUAGAUGCACUUUUUGCAAUUGAACCUAUUCGUCGGGAGAACAGCGAGUCCUUGAAUCGCCUCAUCAGUGACUUCGACAAGAACCUACAGAUGUUGGACAAGAUUGGGGAAAAUACCGAAAGUUGGUCGACGUUGUUGGCGCACAUGAUCUGCAUGCGUCUGGAUCCCGUAACACUUCGGCAGUGGGAAACGCAUCACAAUUCGAAGGAAGUGCCAACCUAUUUCAACCUGAUGAACUUCCUCCGAGAUCAGUGUUUGGUUCUACAAUCUCUUGUCACUAACACUUUGUCAGAGCAUCAGCAUCCAAGAUUCACGAGAGCACCGGAUCCACAGUAUCGACGGUUUAGAAGCUCGCCUCAGCCAGAUUAUCGACGAAGCGGCAAUAACUACAACAACGGAUACUCGGUAAGGUGUCAACUUCUGGUCGAAGAUCGACGGGUUGACACAUUGAUCAGUGGUCAUCGGUCGGACAAGAAACGCCCAAACAUUCGAAUUACAACCUCUGGUCGAAAGUCGACAGGUUGUGAUAUCGACUACGCAUUGUUAGAAUCGUUUAGACCCUACUUCCCUGCGCUAGCUCAACAGGGGAACUUUGGAUGA